AUGACUGAGCCAGCCGACGACGUUCUCGAUCUAUUCCGUGCCCUGCAUGGGCUGCACACAGCUUACUAUUACAGCUCUCACGAGCCAGUCGCGAAUCGCGCGGUUGUGCGCCUAAGACAAGCCCUCGAGCAGGUUGUCGGGCUUGCAAUUGUCCAUGUUUUAGAUGAGAUGCAAAGUGGUCUUGCGGACCCACAAGUGCAACAGGUUGGCGUCAGCUUCCUGAAAGCAGUUGUAGCAGAUUCGAAAGGAACCACAAGGAACAUCAUCCAACGAGCUGGCGUCGAACAGGUGUUGGUUCGGAGCAUGACCUCACAUCCUUGCACAGAGAACCUGCUAACGGAGGCGUUGGCGGUACUGGAUGAACUUCAUGGAAUGGCAGCACUGUUGCAAGCUCUUGAGCACCUGAGACCUAGUGCACCGGGUACGAGAGCGGCUCUGCAAACUCUACGGGUCACGGCUAGCAAACGUUGGCAGGAGGUGGAGCAAUGCCCAGCGGUACCCCUCACCCGUGUAAUCAUUGAUGCACUCCGGGCACAUCCCACAGAAACUGACCUAUUGAUUCUGGGCAUGCAGCUGCUGGGAGACUUAGCUGCCCUGCCAGAAUUGCGUGUGGCUUUCUUCCAGCUAAACGGCUGGGACUGGCUCUUGCAAGUUCUGGAGUCGCAGCCUUCGAAGGAUACUUGGGAAGGUUUACAGCUGCAGCAAGAGGGCGUUCGCUUAAUUGCGCAGCUCUGCAGGGGAGGCGCUUCGGGGGAGAUCCACAGUCGUCGGGUUGAGGCCAUCUUGGAGCAAGUCUUGCAAAGGUCCCAGAAUGAUGGGCGUGUCCUGUACUGGGGCCUUUGGGCUGUACAGCAGCUCCAUGGCUUCGGAUCUUUGCUCGGAACACUCCGAGCCCACUCCAAUCCCGACGUGGUGAAGCAGACACUGAGAUCUUUGAGUGAUUUGGCUUGGGGUCAGGGGGAGGAGGCGGAGUCUGCGGAGGCGGAGCAUGCCAUGCAGGUCCUUCAGAACGUCAUCGAGGCCAUGCGAAGCUUCGCUGGUGACACGGAGGUUCUCCGAGAGGCGGCCUUCGUACUUGCCCGCACCGCCGCCUUUGCCACUCAGCAUGAGGCAGAUACACCGAUGCAGCUUGAGUUUGCGGCCCUUGUUGCUGCAUCCGCGCUCAUCGAGCUGCUCCAAGCCAAGGUCGCGCUCCGUCCGGGGCGCCUGGCGGGUGGCGAUAGUGGCCUGCUACAAUCUGUUCUGGAGGCCUCUUGGGAAUGCAAACUGUGGGAUAUGUCGCUGCGCUUUUUCCCGAACGAGGCUAUCGGGGAAUUCUUGGAGAUGUCACAGGGGCUCCAGUCUAUGGUGCGGGCCAGGAUCUGCGAGGGCCUUUCUGCAGCAAGCGGUUCCGGCGCUGGAACAAGUUUGUUGUCAAAGGUCAGUGCCGAGCAUGAGUCCAACGCCCGUCUGCAGGCCCAUGCAGAGGGGCUGCCACGCUGCCAAUCCCUACCGUUCGUAUACCACUGUAGGUGGCAAGUUCAGGAGCAUGCUCUUCUGGAUGCAAGUCAAUUUAGGCUGUAG